UAGGGUUAGGGCUAGCAUAAUAUAACCUAAAAGCAAACCUUUUUCCCCUUUUCUUUCGCUUCUUUCUGCUAGAUUUAAAGCAUAAAGAAGCGAAAUAAUUCGAAAAUUACUGCGGUAAAACCACUCAGAAGAUUCAGAGAAAAAUCAUUUAUUUGAAGUAAUUAAGAAUAGGGAGUCGCAGAAUGAGGAAGAGACAAGUAGUAGUGAGAAGAUCAGAAGAAGUUUCAAGAACUUCAUCAGCUUCUGCUUCAGCUUACGCAGUUCGAAGCGUUCGAUACGGAGAGUGUCAAAAGAAUCAUGCGGCUAACGUUGGAGGUUAUGCUGUUGAUGGGUGCAGAGAAUUCAUGGCUAGUAAUGGUGAAGAAGGUACAAUUGCUUCACUUACUUGUGCUGCUUGUGGCUGCCAUCGGAGCUUCCAUAGAAGAGAAAUUGAAACUGAUCAGGUAGCUUGUGAUUGUUCUUCGCCUUAAAUGGGAUUUAAAAUUUCAAAAAAAAUCAUCGAUUUAUUUAUAUCUAUAACUAUAUUUAUGUAUUGCUAUGGAGGCUCUUGAUUUUAUGCGUGUAAUUUAUCUUUUUUAACUUAUAAUUUUCGAUUGGGAUUGUGAUUUGUGCUGUUGUUGUUUUUGUUGUCGUCGUCUAGGGUUUAUUGUUCGACAUGAGUGAUUAAACUUUUUUAAUUAUUUAACUAUGUUUUUAAGAAAAGCAAAAACUGAAGGAGUGUGGUUUGUAAUUUUAGAAUAUAUAUGAUUUUCAAAAAUUAGUGGUAUUAUGAAGCUGUUGUAUUGUUUUUGAUUUAUGACUUUGAGUGACUAAAUAGAAUUAAGAGAUGGCAAUUUGAUAAUCAAAUUGCUAAUUUGUGGGAAUAAUUUUUUGUUUUCUGUAAACAGGAUGUACUUGUUUAUGAUCAGGUAAUUAAUUUUUUAUUAAGUGUAAUUCAAGUCUAUAGUUAAUUUUAUAUACAGAUGAAUUCAUUUUUAA